AACACUUCAAUCAUAAAUUCGGAAUUUGUACGAAAUCGGUUUUAUCGAGAAUUUUAGAUUUUCUAUCUUAAAUUCUCUUGUUUUAAUUAAUGGCUUAUGAAGAUUUGCUAGUAGUAAAACGGCAUAAAAUUUAACUCGCAUAAAAUCUUAGAAUUAAAUGAGUAAAAAUGGCCCAUCUACAGUACAUUCCGGGUGAUCCUCGCCUGGUAGACCAAAUAGUAUAUGAGCUGAAGUCUAAGGGAAUCUUCGAUCAAUUUCGGAAAGAUUGUAUAGCCGAUGUGGACACUCGGCCUGCAUAUCAAAAUUUGAGACAGAGAGUUGAGAAUUCUGUAUCUACAUUCUUGGCGAGGCAGUGCUGGCAACCUGACUUAAACAAAAAUCAACUUAGAGAAAAACUUAGAAAGCACAUUUUGGAUGGCAAUUACUUGGAACAGGGUGUAGAAAGGAUAGUUGAUCAGGUGGUGAACCCUAAAGUUGCAUCAGUAUUUAUUCCGCAAGUUGAAGAUUUGGUUUAUAAUUAUCUAGGAAUUACAAGAAAAAAAACAGUUCCUGUACCAGAAACUUCAAACGUAAAAGUUAGUAACAAUGACCUUCUUCCUACUGACCUUGAAGCCGUUAGCCCUGGUUCGGUUAAUGAAGACAAAAGUGAAGAAAUAUGUGUUCCCGGAUUGGAAGAUGAAGCAAAAAUGGAUGUGGAUCAAGAAGAAAAUUCUAAAUUAGAAAUGAAAGAAGAUAAUGCAAAUGAUGUAACCGAUAAGACAAAAAAUGAAGUACAGGACACUGAAAUGUCUUGUGUAAGUGAACCUGUUUCUAUCGAUUCGCCUGGCAGCAUGGAUAAGAGUUCGAUCCCAUUGCCAGAAGAAGAAAUUAAACUUGAAAAUAUACCAGCCCCUGAAAGUAGUCCACCUAAAGCGACAAAGGUUAAAGUUGAGCUUGAGAAAAUACAACUACCAGAAGAACCUAAUGUUUCUACAGACAUUCCAUUACCAGAGGAAACUUUUAAAUCUGAUAAAGAACAUUAUUUUAAACCUGUAAAUAGUGAUGAUGACUCCAGUUCUGAUUCAUCUCUUCGAAGGAAUAUGUCGCCUUUGACACCUAUAAGAAAUUUCAAUAAUGAGAAUUCCUGUGAUGCUCAACAAGCUUUCGAUAAUGAUUCUGGAGAUAGUAAGAGUGACAAAAAAGAAAUAGUAGAACCAAAUGUUUUUAGAUUUACCAUUGAAUCUAAGAAUGAGAACAGUUCAGAAACUGCAAAGUUAGAAAAGAAAGAUACAGACCAAGCAAACUUAUCAUACCAAUUCAGCAACCAAGUAAACAUAAAUACAUUUAAUACUCUAAUGUAUGACGAUAGCUCAAACAGUAAUCUACUACAUAUUGAUUAUGAAAGCGAUGCAAAUAGUAAACUAAAUAUUGAAAACAAGACUUUGGAAGCUGACCAAAAUUCUAAUGAAACCAAAAAAGAUAAAAAGCAGGAAGAAAAGAAAAAUAGUCACAAAAGUUCCCAUCAUAAAGAUUCUCACAGACAUUCCAACAGUAAAGAUAGACGGUCAGACUCUAAGCAGUCCAGCUCUAAAGACAGUAAAUCUGAUAAAAAAUCUUCUAAAGAUGAUAACAAGGCAGCUACAAAAUCCAGCCAUAAAGAAAGAUCCAGUGACAGAAGUGACAAAAAAGACAGCAGGGAAUCAUCAAAGCACAGAAGCUCCCAUAAAAGCUCAAGUAGUCACAAAGAUUCAAAGUCACAUAGAAGUUCUAGUUCCAGUCAAAGACAUUCAAGCUCUAAACAUUCUGAUGAAAAGAAAUCUUCUUCAUCUAGCCAUAGAGAUAAAGAUAAGAGCUCUAAGGAUGAUAAACACUCGAAAGAAAAACAAGCGAAAGAUUCAAAGUCUGGAUCCAGUUCACAUAGGUCUGAUAAAGAUAGAAAAAGUUCCAGUAGCAGCAAAACUAAACAUGAUGAUAAAGAAAAGAAAAAAGAAAAGAAAGACACAGAUGAUCAUUAUAGUGCAUCAGGUAGAGGUAGUCAUAGUCGCCGAUCAACCGAUAGAGAUUCUAAUGAUGGCAGUUCAUCUUCAAAAGGUUCCCAUAAUCCAUCUAUUGGAAAAUCUUCUGACAGUAAAAAAGAAAGCAAAGGUUCUACAUCAAAAUCUGAUACCACUUCGACUAGUGGAGAUUCUACCAGUCCUAGUGAUAAAGAUCAUCAAAUUAAUGAAAUAAAACAGGCAAACUCUGCAAAUGUACCACAAACUAAGCCUGUUAUAAGGGUCGAUAAUCAUUUAGAAGUGCCUAUACUUUCACCACCUAGACUUCCUUUUGUGCCUGAUGUGACAUUAAAAAAACCUAAAAUAGCCGCGAACCUUGAAGAAGCAAGGAAAUUGAUGAAAAUGCGAAAGUUUUUAGACGAUGAACAAAAAAGGAUGAAUCAAGAGGCUGCACUACUUUUGGAAUUCCAAGCGAAUGUUAGGCCAAGUAUGAGUCAAGUAUAUUCAAGCAUACCUGGACCAGAGCUCGAGUUUGCUUGUGUCACUACCACUUCCUCCGAAAUUACUGUAGGCGAACCUCAAACACAGGCUGAAAAUAAAAUUAUACAAUUAGAUAAUAUUGAACCAAGAAACGAUUCUAUCAGUGAUAUAUUGAAUGCAGCUCAACAAGUUGAAAAUAUAGAGGAGAGAAAAAAUGUAGAAAUCCAAGAAAUAAAAUAUUCUGAGGUUCAAACAAAAACAGAAUCCGAAAUUAUUGGGACUGAAAUAGACGAUAGAGUCAAUGAAACUGAUAAAGCUACAGUUCAUAUUGAAAAUUCAGCUGCUUUUGAAGAAAAAGAUCAACAAACACAUCCGAAUGAUAAAAACAUUCAAAUAUUUAAUAUUUUGUCCUCUGGUAACGAAGAUAUUGAAAAUAAGGUACUCAUUAAUAGAGUGAAAGAAUCAGAAAUACCAAACAGUUUAGAAGAUAAUAACACAAAAGCAGAACUUAAAAAUGAAACUGAAAUAGAAAAUGUGAAUUAUGGUUUGUCUGAAACAGAUGACAUUGAAAUGAAACUUAGCUUAUUACAUGAAAAGAAAUAUUCUGUGCAAGUUAUUGUUAUAGCAGAAGAAGUGUCAGACAAUGAAGAUUUUCCAUCAGGUCCUACUAAUGAAGUUGCAGAAAUUAAUGCAAAGUGUGAAGAAGAAAAUCUUUUAGAAUAUUUUGCAGAACAUGAAAAGUAUAAAGCUGAAUUGGAAAGGGAUAGGUUUAGUAAAUUUUUUAAAGCAUUCUCUAAAAAUUGCACUGAGAAAAUGUAUUUGAUAAAUUGUGAUACUUAUGAAAAAAAUAUUGUUAAAGAAGUUUUACAAAACUUGGGUAACUAUGAAGUCGUGAACUAUUAUAAAAAUGGUUAUUUGAAACGUAAUAGCGCUGGAAAGAACAUCAUUAGGAAUGUUAAUGUGUCUUCUGAAAUUUCUUUACCUGUUGAAAUUCCCAUGUCAGAAUCUUCACCACUUGUGUUUAGUCCUGUAAAAUCUGAAUGUUCGUUUGAGCUCUCUAGUGAUUACAAUGCAAAAUUAGAGGAGAUGGUCAGUAAAACAUCCAGGAAAGAAAUAUUGGAAAUCAUACUCGGCAGUGUCGCAGAUGAAUCCGUAAACGAUUCGGAAAUGCCUACUAUCGAUUAUUGUUCCGAAUCUAACAUAGAAAAUGUCACAGAAAAUGCAGUCAAAAGAAAAUAUUGCGAAGUGGAGAGCAGUGAAAAUAAUAACAGACACAUCCUGACUCCGAAUAAGAUAAGGAAGCUCAGUGAUUCAGAGCAAAUAACGUCUACUACCGGGGAAUCUGAAGAGUCGAGUAAUAACAAUGUGUCGUUAAAUAAUUCAAAUGUGAGAUCUAAAUACUUGGGUAGAGCGAGGAGGGUGGGACUGCCGAGGCCUCGAAGAUCUAACGUAUCCAACAGUCCGUCCAGCGACAAAUCUAUAGAGAACUACGAACAAAACACCCCCGUCGCACAAACGCCCAACGGCAAAAUAAAAACUCCCAGAAACAAGGUUCAACGGUACGACACCUCAGAGUUGUAUAAACCUAAACUGCAUUAUUUGUCCAGGCGAAAUAAUAUAAGUUAAGAGAACGAUAUUAGACUAGGUACUUUAAUGUAUUUACAAUUUAUCACAAUUUUAUAUCUGUUUCCCAGUGACGAUUGAUCUUUUACGACAGGGAAUUUAGAAUUUUAUUUUUAUUUUGAUAUCAUUAUAAGCGGAUUGUGUUGCAUGUCGGCUAAAUUAAAUUUGGACGAGUGCAACACUCAUAGAUAGUUUUAAAAGCAGUUAAAAACAUAACAUAAAUUGGAAUGUAUUAUCCAAACGUUUUAACAAUUUAGAAAAUGAAACCUUCACCCGUCGGCCAUCUUUACUUGAUCUUCGCCUUGUUAUCUCCCCUCAGUAAUGAAUUCAUUUACACA